GCUCAGGACUACAGCCCUGCUCCCUGCCUCUUGCUGUGCUGAUCUGUGGUUUCGGGGUCAGUGGAUUAUUCUCUUGCUUAUCUUAUGUUUUCUUUUCUACUCCUGCCAGCUGUGCAAACCAAAAGCAGAUGUUUUGAUUAAGACCGGGCGAAAUGUGCCAGGAAAUGGAUAAAAGAAACAAAGCAUUACGUCCCCAAAUGAUGUGUUUCAGGUGAUGGGGUGGGACUCUGUGCACCUUCAAAAGCCAAGAGGCUUCCUGCACUGGUACCUCUGGGGUAUAUAAACCCUGCAGCCCCUCUCUGAAGGGGGAGUCAUCCAGAACUGUACAGGACAGGAGGAGCUCUGAAUAAGCCUUGCACACAUACACACUUAAACACACACACAGGCACAGAGAGGAAGAGAUAGAACGAGGAAGGAAGGAGAGUGCAUUCCUGCAGAACUAACUAAUAUAGCUAAUUUCAUUCAAGCUCUGCAGAAAGUGGUGAAAGAAGCUCUUUGGAAGGAUCCUCCAUGAAGCUGAUGAUGAAUGAGACGUGCCUGGCUGUGGACGUGCUGCUGUUGUGUCUGUGGUGUGGAGUAUGCGGAGUGUCCGCUCUGAACUCCACCGCGGCGCCCUCGCUCACUCCAGCCGGCCUGGGCGCGCCUCUGCCGGGCUCGGACGCGGCUCUUUCCCCGCGGGGCAGAAAGAGGCGCGCCAUCUCCCAGGAGGACAUGCUGGCCAUCCUGCAGUACCACAACAAGGUCCGGGGCAAGGUCUUCCCUCCCGCCUCUAACAUGGAGUACAUGGUGUGGGAUGAUAGCUUGGCCAAGAGAGCAGAAGAAUGGGCUUCCACAUGUCUUUGGGAACAUGGCCCAAGAAAUCUUCUGCGAUUUUUGGGGCAGAAUCUUUCUGUAAGGACUGGAAGGUACAGAUCCAUUCUGCAGCUGGUGAAGCCCUGGUAUGAUGAAGUGAAAGACUACUCCUUCCCCUACCCUCGAGACUGCAACCCCAGAUGUCCUCUGAAGUGCUAUGGACCGAUGUGCACACAUUAUACACAAAUGGUUUGGGCAACAUCAAAUAAAAUUGGAUGCGCCAUCCAUACAUGUUAUAAUAUGAACGUGUGGGGAUCGGUAUGGAAAAGAGCAACAUACCUGGUGUGCAACUAUUCACCAAAAGGUAACUGGAUUGGUGAAGCUCCAUAUAAAGUUGGUGUGCCGUGCUCCAUGUGCCCCCCCAGCUAUGCAGGGUCAUGCAGUAACAACAUGUGUGUCCCUGCUGUGAACUCAAACUACCUGCACUGGUUCAAAUAAACCAGCAGGCAGGAUGCACGUCACAGAGACGCUCUCCACUUCGGAGGUUUUUUGCACAACAUUCCUGAAUUACCCUAAUUUGUAUAUAUGGAACUAUUUAAAAUAUACCCUUUUUGUUUAUGAUUAUUUUUUUCUUUAAGACUAUAAAUUAUUUUCAUACUUUUUUAUACCUGGUACUGAGAUUCAUAUAUUGUAAUUCAUUUAUUGGGACAAAAAAUGUGUAUAAUACCACAAACUGUAUAAUAACAUGAAUGGUGCUGAUUUUUAUUUGUUGGUUUAUUCAUAAAAUCACUACACCACAUCAACAUUAGUUCACUUCAGAUAAAGGGUUGGAUAGAGAUCAUGACAGCUGCUUUAACUAUUAACUGGUGCUAUGGAUAGUCUGCAUUUACUAAUUCUGCUCAGGUCAUUUUCAGGGGCCUUGACAGUUCAUGUUUAGUGAAUGUGAGUAUCUGAGUGCUUUAAAACUAUUUAAAGAGGUGCUCAGCUUUAAUACAAUGUGUAAUCAAUGCAUUGUGUCAGUCAGUCCAUUCAGUUUUGUAUCAUACGACCUUAAAUAUGUUUUGACGUUCCAGUGCGAUAAGUAUAUAAAGCAUGUCUGCACUUAAAUAGAUGUAAAUAAAUAUUUAGACAGUAACAUAGCCAUUCUUGAAAAGCAAGAUCAGUGAAAUAAAAAUAAAAGUAACACACAGUUUAUAUGGAGGAGGCUUAAUUAUAUAUCAACCAUAUGCACAUAAAUGUUAAAAUGUUUUAGUGCUACUAGGGACUACAGGAUAGGCAGCAUUCUUGAUCUUAAUGGUUAUGCAUUAACAUUUUGGCUAAGCAAGCUAAUGAAUCUAGGUAGCUAUAGGUUGCAUACAAGUAUAUUGGGAACAUAGCCAUUGUAUGUGCUAGCCAGGGUAAUGAUACAGUUGUGAUUAGCUAACAUUAAUGCUAGCCAAGUUAAUGUUGUCAUUAAAACAGAAGAAGUGGUAGAGCACGUUGCUCUUCAAGAAAAUUCUUGUAACACUUUGCGUCAGUUUCCCAGAUAGACUACACAGCAGUUUCAAUUCAGAUUUUCCAUUAUAAAGGAAAAUAUGACUAGGCUUAAUCCAUCUCUGGGAAACGGCCCCUUUAUUGUUGUAACUAAUCAUCUGUGUGCUUUUGUUAAAUGAUGUAGAUACAUAUAUGAUUGUUUUAUGAUUGAUUAUGUAAAAAGAUGGCCUAUUAUCUGUGGUUGUUUCUAUUGGCAUUCAGAAAUGUCUGUGUACGACUUAAAAGCAAAUAUGACUUUUACAUGUUUUAUCAAAGUUCUUCAUUAGAGAAUUAAAUGUUACCAAAGUUAAAUACUUUCAAAUAACAUGUUUUAAGUGUAAAACACACACAUAAUGUUCUAAAGGGCUAUUCUUUAAACAAUGGUUUUAUGUAUUUUAUGUAUUUUCAAGCAUAUUGCUUGAAUUCCCUCUGAAAUCCCUCUGUUAUUUAUUUUUUUUUAUUUUUUUUUUGUCAUGUAAGACUAGAUUGUAUUGUUACUGUUUUAGCACUCCCACAAUACCUGUGACUAAGUGGAACAAGCUGCUUCAGCAUUCUGUCAUUUCUGGCUUGGAGACGUAGAAAAGGGUGACUGGUGUGCCCUGCAGAAAAUUUGUCAUUUUGCCUCAGACUUCAGACAGAAUUUGAGGAAAAGUUGAAAAUGUAGCUAGGCGCCUGAUUCUAGCAUGGACUGUUAUUUGAGUUUCUGUAUAAUGAGAGUUGUCACAGUUUCACUCGCACUGACUGAAUUCUAAUUUCUUUUGUAUGUAGUUUUAUAUCAAGCUGUUGUAUUUUGUACUGCUGAAUAAAGCCAAAGAUUUGCUUA